GCCGCUCCCCCGGCCCGGGUCACCCCCUCCCGCUCCCCCCCAGCCCCGCGCCGGGACCGAGGUGACGAUGGAGGCCGAGGAGCUGUGGGGGGCGGGCGGCCCCCCCGCCUGGGAGCUGGACGGGUGGUACCAGGACCUGCAGGAGCUGCUGGCGGCGGAGCCCCCCGGAGCCGCGCCCACCUGGGGGGCUGAGCAGGAGCCGCCGGGCCCGGGGGGCUGCGGGCUGGACCCGGGGGGCUGCGGGCUGGACGCGGCUCUGGCCGAGGAGCUGCUGGAGCUGCUGGGCCCGGAGGGCGCGGGGGCCGCGGGACCCCCGGGCGCGGCCCCCGGAGGGAUCAUCCCCCCGGCGCGGGCGGGCCCCGCCGAGGAGGAGGAGGAGGAGGAAGAGGAGGCGGCGCGGGGGGCGCGGAGGAAGCGUCGCGGCGGCGCCGGGACCCCGCGGGAGCGGGACGGGGAGCGGCGGGAGCGGGACGGGGAGCGGCGGGUGCGGGAGCUGACGGCGCACAACGAGCGGCUCCGCGCCGAGAUCCAGCGGCUGAGCGCGGAGGUGCAGCGGACACGGGCCCAGCUCAUCGAGCGCAUCGUCAGCCUGGGGCACGGGUAGGGGCUGCCCCGCGGGGGGGGCUCCAACUGCCCCCGG